AUGCAGAACUUCAUCUGGGCUCUGCUAGGCCUGGCCAUCGUGCCUCAAGCCCUGGCAGCCGACACCCUAUCCACGAGCGGAUUCAACCUGUGCAUGACCGAUUCCGCAAUCAAUGUCCAAAAGAUGGAUGUUACCUACACUCGCUCUACUGGAGUAGUUGUCUUCGACGUGGCUGGUACCAACGCGAUGGAACAGAAUGUGUCGGCGUCUAUCACCGUCACUGCCUAUGGCAACGAACUCUACAAGAAGGAAUUUGAUCCCUGUGGCACGGAAAUUCAUGUUGACCAACUUUGCCCCGUCCCUAAGGGUACUUUCAAGGCCAGCGGAUCCAUGGAGGUGCCGUCUCAAUACGCUAGCCAGAUCCCUGGUAUCGCAUUCAACAUCCCCGACUUGGAUGGUCAGGCAAAGCUUGUCCUUAAGUCCAAGGGAGCCCAGAAGAACGUGGCGUGCAUCCAGUCCGAACUGAGCAACGGCCACUCCACCAACGUCGUCGGGGUCAAAUAUGCCUCGGCAGGCAUUGCGGCAGGCGCUUUAGCACUGAGCGGUAUCUCUGCCAUCGGCUCGGCGGGAACUGUGGGAACACCGUCGUCCAGCCCUGGAUUUGGCGAUGUAAUGGGCUGGUUCCAUUCCAUGGCCACCAAUGGCAUGCUCAGUGUUGCCUACCCCCAAGUCUAUCGCAGCUUCUCCUCGAACUUCAUGUGGAGUACUGGUAUGAUCCCUUGGCCUGGCCUGCUGCAGUCCAUCGACAAAUUCCGGGAGUCCACAGGUGGUAACUUGACCACGGAGAGCUAUGACUACCUGAAAAAUUCCUCCACAACGCAAAGCAGCUCGUCAUCCACCAACACAACGAAACGGAGCUGGGAUUACACCAUCGAAUUCGGCACGAUGGUUGCUCGCUCAAUUGAUGCCUCUGCCGAUGCUAGUGUUUCAAACAGCUCUUCGAGCAGCGACGAAAGUAAAUCCUCGAGCACGGUUAGCGACCUAAAGCAAGUUGCUCAAGAACUGAUGGUUCCUUCUGCCGACGUUUUCAUGAUGGUUCUCCUGAUCUUCGCCAUCGUUAUCGCUGUGGUUGUCGUCGGUAUUCUUUUAAUGAAGGUCGUCCUGGAGCUGUGGGCGCUGUAUGGAAACUUCCCCAACAAGCUGACCGACUUCCGGAAGGAUUAUUGGGGCUUGAUGGCGCGGACAAUCACCAACAUGAUCCUGGUGCUAUACAGUAUCUGGGUGCUAUACUGUGUCUACCAACUCCGAAAGGGUGACUCGUGGGCAGCAAAGCUACUGGCUGCUAUAACCCUUUCUCUCUUCACAGCAGUUCUUCUUUUCUUCGCUAUUCGCAUUGUCUAUAUGGCUCGCAAGUACAAGAAGGUCGAGGGAGAUACCGACAGCCUGUACGAGGACAAGGAAACUUGGAAAAAAUACAGUCUGUUUUACGAUAACUACAAGAAGGACUUCUGGUGGCUCUUCAUUCCCGUCAUAGUGUACGCAUUGGUCAAGGGCUGCAUCAUCGCCGGUGGCGAGGGUCACGGUCUGUUCCAAAGCGUCGGCCAGCUCGCCUGCGAAAUCCUUCUGUUGGGACUCCUAGUGUGGAGCCGCCCGUAUGCCACCAAGGCGUCAAUGGGAAUCAACAUCGCCGUCCAGGUCGUCCGCGUUCUGUCCAUUGCUUGCGUCCUUGUCUUCGUCGAAGAACUCGGUCUUUCCCAAACAACAAAGACCGUCACUGGCAUUGUUCUCAUUGUCGUGCAAUCCACUCUCACUGCAGUCCUCGCCAUUCUCAUCGCAGUCAACGCCUUCAUCAGCUGCUGCCGCGAGAACCCGCAUGCUAAGCGGAGAAGAGAAGCUGAAAAAGCAAACCGCGACAUCGACGACCUGACCCCCUUGGACGCCCGAGACUCCCUCCUGAUGGACCACCCACAACGCAAGCAAUACGCCGAGAUGAGCAACUUCAACUUCACCGGCCCCUACGAGUCUUACCGAGACGAGCCCAAGCGAGCCGGAUCACCUGGCAACAACGAACGCGAUGGCCUAGUUCGCAAUGACUACGGCAUCGCGCACGGGCGCAGCAUAAGCCCCGACAGCCAUCGCUCGCGAAGCUCGAUCGAAGGCCGUCGUCCCACAGCUCCGGGAUACGGAAUGGCAUAUUAA